AUGCAGAAUACUAGACACAGAGAAAUUAUUAUUCGAUUAGAAAUUGAUGGUAUUUUGUGUGGUUUACGCCAUGGUAGUGUAAUGAAAUUUUUAGGUACUUUAAGUCUACCACCAUCAUUUCAAGAACUGAGAUAUGGUGAAGCACAACAAUUUAUCUUGAAUCAUGUAACAAAGGCUCAAGAAGAAUUAAUGACUGUUGCUGUUGAAGAAGCAAUCGCCGACUAA